AUGCCAAACAUUCGACAUCAGAACGCGGCCGACUGCGACUCGGACCAUCCAGAGAGCACGCCGGACUACGUGCUCGCGGGCGACCAGGCAGACUAUUCUAACCAGAAGAAGCGAUCCGGCUCGGACUACGACGAGGACUUCCCGCCCAAGGCGGGCCCGCACAGCAAGCCCUUCUUCGAGACCUCCGACACCCCGGCGUUAUCACCACGUUCCAACGUCCCGCCCAGCAACAAGAUCCGCGGCACGGAGAAGCAGAUGAAGGACUUCUUCGCAGACCGCGUCUUGCGUGAGGUGGGUGAUCCCGAGCUGUUCCGGGACAUGUCUGUCUUGUUCCCUCCGCCACAACCGGCGGUUGCGUAUUCGGCGGUGGAUUGGGAGCCAAGGCCGUUCUGGGGUCUCGAACCAGAAGACAUGAUGUUCUUCGAUCCAGAAUAUAAGGAGAGACUACAGCUUCCAGAAACGGUGCAUCAGACCGUAGAAAGGUUCCACCAUCUCAAGCGAAAGGGAACGCAUUUCAACCAGUCGCUCAUGGAGAAUCGGUCGUUCAAUAAUCCACACGUCUACUCACAGCUCGUCGAGUUCCUGGGGAUCGACGAGACACGGUCGAACUUUACAAGCCUAGAUACGGGAAGAAAGGCGGGGAGCUGGAGGGCAAAGUUCCCAUUCAGCGAGGAGGAUCUGAUUAGAGGAGACCCAAUAGCGGCAGAGCAGAGGCAGGAUCGGGAGGCGAGCGACAAGAAGGCAGCAGCCGACCGCGCACGGCGACACAGGACCAGCAUCGACUUUCAAAAGGGGCGGCAUGACGAUGGCUCCAAGAGUGCUGGCAAGCGGCGGUCGUCGAAUAGUCACAGCGGAUCGCAGAAGCGGUUGCGGUGA